UAUUGGCCAUUGGACUGGGUUUAUUACGCAGACCUGGCAACCCGAGAAUGUGUUUCCGUUGCUCAAAUAAAUCGUCUGCAGUAAAACACACGUCGUCGUUCAUCGUUCGGUUAUUCGUCGCUGGUGAUGUUUACGUUCGUGUACCGUUCCCGUUUGAUCUGAAAUCAGCGCUCAUUGGAAGUAUCAGGGGUGUGUGUGACUACAGGAAGAGCUAAACUCAACGAUAUCAGCGGUGUCAGAUAUGGCAGAGUUACUGCGGCUGCUUCUUAAUGUGUCAGAAAAAGCCGCCAACGUGGCCCGAGUCUGUCGACAGGAAGCGCCGCUCUUUGAACUCUUGGUACAGGAAAAGAAGGGAGCUGAGAAAAACAAGAAAUUCAUCAAGGACUUCAAGACUCUUGCUGAUGUCAUCAUACAGGAAAUGAUUCGCCAUGACGUUUGUGCACAGUUUCCAGAGUUGAAUGGGUUCGUUCAUGGUGAGGAAUCAAACACGUUCGAGAAUGGACUUGGUGAGAGUGUUACUGUAACAGUAUGUGCUAAAGAAGAGGACACGAUGGCUCUGCUGGCUAAAGUUCUGGAUGGUGAUCAGACUGCAGCGUCUCUCUUAACCAACGCCAUCCACCAGAAGCUUCAGCUCAGAGAUGAGAAAGCAGAAUCUCUGCAGAUAUCACUUAACCCUGAUGAUGUGGCCAUCUGGAUUGAUCCUAUUGAUGGGACGAGUCAGUACAUUGAGGGGAAGGAUGAAGAGGAGCCAGAUGAAGGCUUUUGUCCAUCUGGACUCCCCUGUGCACUGGUUUUGAUUGGAGUUUACCUACGAGCCACUGGCCAACCAGUCAUGGGUGUUAUAAACCAGCCAUUCAAGUGUAAAGACCCCAUGGCUCAAAGAUGGACAGGACAGCACUUCUGGGGUGUUUCAUACGGCGAUGUGAAUGCUUGCUCGUUCACACAGCGCAGUCUGCAGAAGAGAGAUCAUCUGUCUGUGCUGUUGAGCUCCAGUGAAAAACAAGCGGUGAAGGACGCCCUGGCAUCGCUUCCCAACAGUACGCUGAUGUAUGCGUCUGGUGCGGGCUAUAAGAUCCUGUGUGUCAUCCAGGGUUUAGUGGAUAUGUAUGUGCUGUCAGAGGGCACUACUUACAAGUGGGACUCUUGCGCACCUCAUGCGCUGCUGCGAGCUAUGGGCGGUGGGGUAUCAGACCUGAACGAGUGCGUUCGCUAUUACGUGAACAGUAACGAUGGGCCCCGACCUGAACUGACCUAUCAUGAGGCCCAACUUGGAAGUGAAGGUGUGGACAGAUGGGCAAAUCGAGGAGGAAUCAUCGCAUAUUUGGACUCGAGUGUGAUUGAUAAAGCUGCAGCGGCACUUGCUGGAAAGAUAUAAGGAAAAUGUAUCUUAUAUUGAGAGUCUGGUGCUUGGCAAGUUUGUUUUUAUGUAAUCUUUUGUCUUUUAUCGAGUAGACAUAUUUGUCAUUUUUAAUUUAAAUCUAUAAUUUUAAAGCUUUAUCUUUACAUAAUCAGAAUAUAGCAAAAUACUUUUAGCAGGUGGACUUCUAUUUAUUUACUAUGGAACCGUUUUGUCUCAGUGUAAUGUUACUGUUGCAGCUUUAAGACAUUUUGUGUAGCAAUUAUGUGUCAAAGAUGUACUAUUACAUGAGAAAAGCCUGAAACUGACAGGUGUAGAUUAUAUAUUUAUAUAUAUAUAUAUGUAUAUUAAACAAGGCACUGACAAUUCAUAAGAUUGUGGUAACAUUAAAGUAAAAACAAUCUUUAACUUUACAGAAGUGUUUAAGACUCGCCAGUACCAAAUGCUGUUUAAAGCUCACCACAUGGAAUUUGCCAAAAUACUUUUUUAAACGAUUUGCACCCCCUUAUGCCCUUUUACUCGAAUAAAUAUAUGCCAUGUUUGCUACUCAUUCAUUCUGAGCACAAACAGUAAAAGCAGACGUUACCUGUCACAGGAAUUCAGCUUAAUUACUGAAUCCCAAUUUGAAUGAUUCAAAUUGUCAAAAUAUCUUCACCUUUAGGUUUGCAAAACGAUUAUAUUCAGGGUUCCCACGGGUCCUUGAAAUCUUUAAAAGUUUGUGAAUCUGGAGGAAAAAAUUCAAGGCCCUGGGAAGCUUUUUAAAAUAUACAUACAUAGAUACAGGUCAUUGAAAGUGCUUGAAUCUAUUUUAUGCAAGAAGUUUUCUGGGAAAAAAUAAAAAUUAUUCAGUGUGGAGUGUAGGAUAAUAUAAUCUAGACUUUUUAAGCACAUGUGCUUAACUGUUCACUUUAAAUACUUCUUCUGUAUACUUUUUUGCAUACUUGUGUUUGACAAAUGAAAAUGUCUCGGGUUACGUAUGUAACUGUUGUUCCCUGAGAAGGGAACGAGACGCUGCGUCUCCCUUGCCAUACUUCAUGCAUCCCUGUAACGCCGUCUUUGGCAAUAUUUCAGAUAGCGAUAUACUUCCUGGCUCCCGCGUCACCCAGUCUUUGUUGUUAAGCCUCAUCAUUGGUUGAAUUUGAUAUUCACAUUCAGACACACUUACCCCUAGAGGCACCGCCAAAGUUUAUUUAUUUAUUUAUUUACGUUUAUUUGACAGGAACAAUGCACAAUAUGUAAUUGGACCAGAUUAUAGCCACAAGGCUAAUUUACAUCUGUUGUCCCUGGACAGCAGUUGAUGUUAUAAGUAAAAAAAAAAGUUAAAAAAAAAAAUUAUAAUAGCAAUACAAUUUUAAACUAAAUAAUUCAUAAAAUAAAAAAUAAAUAACAAAACAAAUAAACACAGAAACAGGAAUCAAUGACUAAAAAUGUUCACAAUGCUGGUUUGCUUUCAACCAUUUCUUAAGGCCUAAUUUAAAGGUGGUGAGUGUAGCGCUUUGUCUAAUACUAACAGGAAUGCUAUUCCACAACCCUGAUGUUUUCACCGAGAAAGCGGUUUGGCCAAAGGUGAAAUGCCUAAACACACGUGUGCAAUCCCGCCAAAGUGAUGCUCUUGUGGUCCUAAUGUUACUUGUAGGUCCACGCAAGCUCACAAAUUGUUUAAGAGGUGGUGGUGCAAGAUUAUUUAUAAUUUUAAAGAAUAAACAAGUAUUGGAAAAAAAGAAAGUUGUCUAAAGUUAAUAAACCAUAUUUCUGUAUGAUAGUGCAAUGAUGAUAACUGUGCUUGUUUAUAUACUUUAUGCAUUAAUGACAUAAUGGUUGCAUUUGCUUGGAACCAGGUGGUCAAGCAAUAUGAUAUGUGUGUUAAAAAAAAUCAUAGAAUGAAAAUAAAGUUUAGCUGCCUCUG